UUGUAGCAUCACCGCGUAUAUAAUAUUCUAUAUUUGAUAGCAGAAGUACUCUGUACAGUAAUUUUAUCUGUUUAAGACUUUUAGUGUUUCGUUUUAUAUUGAAUUUUUGUUUUAAAAUUGAUCUGUUUUGCUUCUGUUGAUGUAAAGAAAGGUUUGCACAUUAGACAGAGUGAAGAGUCUGUUUGUUUUUACGUUUUCUGAAGUUGCGCACGUACUUGUGUGCGUUCCAUUCAGACAUGUCAAGCAAGGAGAAGAUCAGCGUCGUAGCACAUCAUGGGAAACCCAUUCUUCUGGAAUUGUCAUCCUUGUGCGUUUACAACUCGAAUCUGGGACCUAAAGAAGGCGAGGAGGAGAAAAAGAUACUGUUUUUCCAUCCAUCUGGAGUGCUGAUGGACCAACAAAUUCGUCAUGUUGGCCUCAUGGAAGCUGUCGCCAAAUUUGUCAGGUCUUUUAGCGAUAACGACUGUCGAUCGAUGCGAACCGCCAGAAAUCUGCAUAUUCUACUGCAGCCGGAGCCUGAUUUCUGGUUUGCCAUGACAUUACGAGGUGUACAAAAUCCCGAUGCUGGAAAGCAUGAUAAUGACGACAUUGAACGCACUCGGGAUGAGCAGCCGCAGGAGGAUACAUACUACAAAAUUCUCACUCGACUUUAUAAAAUGUACAACUUACUGCAUGGACAGUUAUCAUCCGACAUGUCCGAGCAGGGUAUUAAAAACCUGAAGCCUCGGUUGGCACGAUUCUUCGGAAAUUAUUUUUCCAAAUUUACUUUCGGACAGUAUGAUAUGCUGCAUCGUUUCGAGGCCAUGUCGUAUCUUCCGAUGGACCGCAACGUGUUUCUCAAUGUGCAGAAUAUGAUUAAUACACUGUGCAUCCAGUUCACUAUUUUGUUUAGCUUUCUGAUUUCAAACUUUUUCAACAGCAAUGUGAAACAUGCCUUAUUGUUAUACUGGGAUCUGGUUGUGUGGAACGAUUUGGACUUACAGCUAGCUCAGACUGUUGCGCAGUAUGUCAGCGGAUUCGUUUUUCCGGAUCAGGUAGACCGAGAGCGCCAUGCUAUCCAUUCCAGUUCCGUUUCCGCGCAGUUACCACAGUCAGCUGCUCAUCUUGGAAGGUUUUGCUCGGUGGGAAUGUUACAUUCCGGCGACAGUGACACUCAUGUUGCUUCUGCGUUUUUGACUGAUGCUGACACUGACGAACUUGUUCGCUACGAUUUGGCCAUAUAUAACGCAUCGGGAACGACGUUGUGCCUUUUUUUGCAAGAUGUUGUGGGAUCAAAUGCCGAAUUGCUCCGUCGACUCGACUCUUUUUUGGGACCUGCUUUGACCACACUGUCGAGCAGUUUAGCGGAGCAGUUCGCCAAGUUAAAGAAUCCGGUAUGGGCUCAUGAAUCACCGUAUGUCCACUACGUCUACCUCAAUGACAGCAAUUUGUCGAAAAAACAAACCUUGGUUGAUCGAACCCAAACACUACAAGUGGAACUACUGAAAGCUUUGGCUACGAUUGACGAAGAUAUUCGCAACCGACCGGAUGAAGUGGAAAUAUUUGCCAAAGUUCUCCAUGAUUGUUGGAUUUAUGGGAAGCGGAAAUUUGAUAGAAGUUUAUACGCGGUUAUAACGCAGCGUAAUGCGGAUCUUGUCUUGGCGGAAGAGGAAAUCCGGAGACUGUAUGCCAAAGAAUUCUCCUGUGAUGCAGCAUGUGAUACAGGUUUAUAAAAAGAUUUUUUUAUUGUUAGCUACAUAAAGAAUCAAUAGAACAAACUGUCUCGUUUUCCUUCUACCUUUCAUGUGAUUUUACUGUUUGAUCUGUGUUAAAUCACGUUCUUGAUUGGUCAUCGGUUACCCAUGUAUGGUUUCACGUACAGGUUGUAACGGAGUAGAAGCGGUUUAUUAAAACAUAAAAACUGACUCGAAGCAAAAGAGGA